UUCAGUUCAAGAAUUCUUUCUGCAGUAUCACCAUAACAGUUCAGGUGCAUUGUAAGAAACAUUAUGUGAUUCUGGUGAUUUAUUUUAUUUUUUGUAUAAAAAUGAUUCAGUACUACAAAGUGAAGCAAUGGAUCAAAUGGCCGCUGAUCCGUGCUCACCUAUGCACCCUGGCCGUGAGCGUGGGCUUCAGUUCAACGUGGCGCGCGCCGCGGGAAGCUUUCCGCUUCGGCGGGCUUCAGUUCGCGCUGGCGGCGUCGACGGCGGCGCUGCUUGUGCUCCCGUUGGCGCUGCUGCAGUUGGCCUUGGGGCAGCUCAGCCAGCAGGACGCGGUCGGCAUCUGGCGCGCGGUGCCUUUCUUCAAAGGCGUUGGUUACCUCCGCCUGCUGGUGUCGGCGCUGGGCUGCGUGAGCUCGGCGGUGUACCUGGCGCUCACCGUCGCCUACUUCCUCUACACGCUCAGCAACUCCAUCCCCUUCCGCGCCUGCUCCGACCCUCGCCUGAACGAGGAUGGCUUCGAAGAUAUUAUAAACACGACCAAUUGUUUAAACGCAACGUUCCUGGCUCCAGUGCGACAAAAGCCUGAAUAUUUCAUUGCUAUGUCAUUGAUUAUUUGUUUCAUAUGGAUAGCAUUGCCUUUUCUCCUUUACAGUCCAGUGAAGUUGAUGAAGCGUGUCUUCUAUAUCCUGGGCCCGACGCUCGUAGUCUUGGGCGUCGUGGUGGUAUCCGGCAUCGGGUCGUGGGGCCGCCUCACGUGGUUCCACGAGGCGCGGCAUUGGCGGCACUUCUUGGAGCCUCGCGUUUGGAUCAGCGCGUUAACGCAGGCGUUGUUGGCGACCCAUACGGCCGGCGGUUACUUGGUCUCGGCUGGAGACGCUAUCUACAGCGUCACUAAUGUGCAGUGGACAGCUAUAGCCUUCGUGGCCACCAACAUCGUAGCGGGCUGGCUUGGGCCGCUGUUCUGGUUCGCGCUGGGCGCCGCUGAGCCCGACACAGGCGCGGCCGCCGUGCUCGAGCAGGCCUACCGAGCCGCCUACGAGCGCGACCUUAGCAUCGCGUGGCCGUUGCUCGUGUUUGCCGCGCUGUUCCUGUCAGGCAUUAUUACCAUGCUAACAUUCCUGUACCCGAUCUACGACCGCGUCCGGCGUUCCGGCGGCGCGCGGUGGCGCGUGGCGUGCGCCGGCGGCUCGGCGAUAGGAGCGGCGGGCACGCUGGCGGCACUGGCCGGCCGCUGGGACGCGCUGGCCUUGAUCGAGGAUACCGCUGUGCCACUGUUGGUUUGCCUCGCUACUGUACUGGAGGUCCUCGCCUUCGUCUUCAUCUACGGUUGGAAAGCCCUGAUGGAAGACGUCGAGUUCUUAACCGGACGAGCAUUAUCAAAGUUCUGGAUGCUGGGCUGGUGUACAGUCCCUGGCGUGGUCGCGCCGCUGUUGCUUUGGUGGCUGGUGGUGGCGUUAACUGACGGUGGCUGGGCGGCGCCGCCCUGGGCUGCCAGUGGCGCGGUGGCUACCGGCGCGGUGGCCGUCUUAGUGGUGCUGGCGCUGGCGGCCGUGACCGUGGCUCGCCAGGUCCAGUACGACGUUAUUGGGAAGCUGAAGUCGGCGUUUCGGCCGUCGCGGCACUGGGGCCCGCGGGACCCCGUGGCGCACUACUACUGGCUGGCGCGGCGCGAGGACCCGGCGGGGUCGGCGGGCGAAUCCGGCGUGCGCGCGCGCCGUUUCCGGCGGCGGCAGGCGGGACAGCUCUCCGGCGCGCGCGGCUCCCUCGACGUCCCCGCCGCCGCGCCCGCCGGCAUCGACGUCAACAGCAACGAACUCAAAAGACGCUCCAACUCCGACGAUUGGAUCUACACCGUGUACAGAAGAAAAUACCUCGAAACAGCGUUCUCCCAUUACUUAGCUAAGGGCAGAAAGUUCCGGUCGCUGUCGGUGGACUGGGCCCAAAUGCCGCGGCAACACAAAGAUUCUAUGGACUUGAAAAUAUUGAACAGUAGUGUUUACAUGACGCCGGCUGAGUCUAUAGAGAUCGUCAAGGAAGUUACUAAUUAAUAAGUAGGUAGUAAUUUAUUUUAUCAUAAUUAUAGAAAUGCAGUUUGUUAUUUGUUGAAGAAUAAAUGGUUGUUUCUUUCGUUA